CGCAGUAGCUGAAGCACCGGAAAGAUGGCGGAGGAAGGGGAAAGAAAAAAAAUUCCUUUGGUUCCAGAAAAUCUUCUGAAAAAGAGGAAGGCUUAUCAAGCCCUCAAAGCCACUCAGGCAAAGCAGGCACUUUUGGCAAAGAGAGAGAGAAAAGGAAAGCAAUUCAGGUUCAGACGACUAGAAUCUUUCGUGCAUGAUUCCUGGCGACAGCAACGUGACAAGGUGCGUGUCCAGCGGCUGGAGGUGAAGCCUCGUGCUUUGGAGGUGCCUGAUAAACAUCCCUUGGCCUUCGUUAUACGCAUGGAAAGGAUUGAAGGAGUGAGUUUAUUGGUAAAGAGCACCAUCAUGAAACUUGGCCUGAAGAAAUUGUUCAGUGGUGUCUUUGUCAAGGUCACCCCUCAGAGUGUAAGAAUGCUGCGCACGGUGGAGCCUUAUGUGACCUGGGGAUUUCCAAAUCUGAAGUCUGUCCGGGAGCUCAUCUUGAAACGUGGCCAAGCAAAGAUUAACAAUAAGACAGUCCCUCUGACGGACAACACGGUGAUCGAGGAGCACCUGGGGAGAUUUGGUGUCAUUUGCCUGGAAGACCUCAUCCAUGAAAUUGCCUUCCCUGGGAAGCAUUUCCAGGAGGUCUCUUCAUUUCUGUGCCCUUUCCUCCUCUCUGUGGCCCGCCAUGCUACCAGGAACAGAGUGGGCUUCCGCAAAGAGAUGGGCUCCCCGGGCUACCGGGGAGAUCGGAUCAAUCAGCUCAUUCGGCAGCUCAACUAGAGCAGGAGCAGGUUUUCCAAAAGCACCCCUCGGAAGUGUUUUUGUCGUCGUUUAAAAUUAUCAAGUAUCUUCAGAGAAGAUUAUUUUCUGCCUUCAGAAACUGAAGGAAGGCUUGGGCCUAGAGAACGACAGUAAGGUGCGAGCACCGGAGACACUUAACACAGCUCAGUCCAUGGAAGGACGAGUUCCCUCAUUGGCUGCCUGUCUCGAAAUCCACGCAAGCUGUGGAGGAAAGAAUUACCCUGCUCAUCCUGCCUUCUAUCUUGGUGUUUAAUGUUGGGUGGGCAACAAGCACAAACCUCCCUCCCACCCCCUCCAAGACUGUUAGAGCAGUGGGCCAGACCAAGCGGCGCACUUGAACAUGGAUCAAGAGGGUCCCGGUUUUACUUUUUAUUUUUGUCAGGGUAGGCAGUCUUGUGUUUGCUUUGUUCAAAGCAGGGUCUCCCUGUUGGCCCUGGCUGGCCUUAUACUCCACAGCAGUCCUGCCUCCUCCUCCUAGGUGCUGGGAUUAAAGGCGUGCGCCACCACGCCCGGCUACAGCCUGCAUUUUUAUGCACAUUGGUCUGUUAAGCUAGUUGCAUUCUGUGCUACCGGAGGGGACUGAAGUUUAAUCACUUGUCUUCUAUUAAAAACUAGUGUUUGCCUGGGCCUGGUGUGUAUACCUUUAGUUGCAGCGCUUGGGAGGCAGAGGCAGGCAGACUUCAUGAGUUCAGGGACAGGCAAGCCUGCUCUACAGAUUUCCAGGAUACCCAGGGCUACACAUAGAGAAAAUGUUAAAGAUAAACAAAAAGCUGGACAGUGGGGGAGCACACCUUUAAUCCCAGCACUCGGGAGGCAGAGGCAGGCGGAUUUCUGAGUUCGAGGCCAGCCUGGUCUACAGAGUGAGUUCCAGGACAGCCAGGACUACACAGAGAAACCCUGUCUCAGAAAAAAAACAAAACAAAAACCAAUGCAGUGAUAGAUUGUUGUUUCCUAAACCACAUGUACCCAGGAAAUGCCCACUAAAUUUCACCUGGAUCAGUGUUAACUGAUCAUUGGGAAAUGAGGUGACCAAAAAUGCAUCGCAACCUUGGACAAACAGCAUGGCUAUUUAACAUUCUGGGAUCCUGCAGAAUCCUGCAUCUUCCUAAGUAGGGAAGCACUGUAGCAUUGGAGAGAGGCCUGGGCGAGCAGAGCUAAGGCUUCCAUUUCUGGCUUGCUUGGAAUUUAAAACAAGCUUUUUUCUAUAUAGUAAAAGAUUGUUUUUAAGAUUUUUGCGUGUGAGUACAUGCCAAAGUAGCCAGGAAGUGUCACUUGCCCUGGAGCUAGAAUUACUGGCAAAUGAAGGCUCAGAGGUGGAUGCUGGGACCAAUUCUAGGCCCUCUGAGAAAGCAGGUGCACUUGGCUUGUGCCUCCAGCCCCAAAGGCGAUGGCUUAUUGUGAGCCUGAGGCCAGCCAGGGUUACAGAGACUCAAGAAACAAGUGGGGUUGUCCAUGUUGCUGGAGAUGACCCAGGUCUAUUAGGACCUUGACUACAUGGAUAGACAUUCUGGCAGCUAGUAUACUGCCAUUGGGGCCUAUGGAGAAGUAGCCACCGAGCCUAUUUAGAAAGAAGGACUGCUGGCAAGCUUGGUGUCACUAUGAAGGCAGACAAAGAUCGAUGUAUUAACGACCCCGACUCCAAAAACACUCGAGGGGGCCCAAGGUGGGCUCAGUGGUUAAGAGCCGUUCGCCCAGGGGCUGGAGAGUUGGCUCAGUGGUACCACAUGGUGGCUCACAACCAUCUGUAAUGAGAUCUGACGCCCUCUUCUGGUGUAUCUGAAGACAGCUACAGUGUACUUACAUAAAAUAAAUAAAUCUUU